AAGAAACAUGCUUAUUUUUCUACAAAUAAAUAAAAGCAGUAGUUAUGACUGACCAUUUUGAAAUUUAUUCUGACCUAAAUUACAAAAUGAUAUUAACAAACCUAAAGCAUAUUACCGGCUGCACACUUCUACUUCUACUAGUGAUCAUAUCUAAUUUUUCAUUUAUUCAUGGAAUGGAUUACCUUAAACGUAGAAAAUAUGAUGGUGUCGGUGUUCGAUAUGAUAUGAACAAGUUUGCAAGUUAUGAUGACAUUUGUGAUCAUGAAUCAGAGUAUCAUUUACGUGGAGUAGACUUGGACUUUCUUAACAGUUUAUUGUCAUAUUUUGAAGGAGGUUUUCCUGAUUUCCACAAUUGGUUCCAAAUUUUCUUGUGAAAUAGUAAUCAAACACCCAGAACACAAUAUGCAUCCUUCUCAAUCAUUCUGUUCACCUACAUGAAAUAAGUGA